AUGGCUGAUAAAGGAUCAACAAGUGCCAAGGGAGCAGGAAAGGCGAAAAGGAUGAAACGAGGUGCGGAAACACAGGAACAAGGCGAGGCGACACGCCCAAAACAGUUGCGGGCGGAACAUCCACCAGUGGGGGAGGGGGGCCAGGGGCGUGGCGAGGAAAGUGCUCAGGUGCAGGGACCGUCAUUGGUGCCAGCAGAUCCACAAAUUGCCCAGGCUCCAGACCAAGACGAACAGCAGGCACCACUGCCACCUCACCCAGCCCCUCAACUGCCGGGACCAGUAGAACAACAGCAGGCACCACUGCCACCUCAACCAAGUCAGGAGGGGCAGGGAGCUCCAGCCCCUCAACCGCUGGAAUCAGGAGAUCAACAGCAGGCACCACUGGUCCCUCAACCAGGUCAACAGGAGUAUGGGGCUCCAGCCCCUCAACCACCUACUGACCAAGCUCCUGCAAAUGCUGGGCAGCCACCAGCUCUGCAGAUGUCUGUAGGUCAAGUACUAGAUUAUUUUGGUGGAGCGACCAUCAGGAUCCAGGAUCGAGCCCUUGCAGCAGGAGGGUCAGUUGCAGGCGUGGUGGGAGCAGGUCUAGUUACAGGUGUGGCGACAGCAGUAACAACCCUGGCAGCUUUCUACAUGGACAACAAGCAAAAAACAGAGGAGGCAAUCCGCAGGGCAGUGGAGAGGGAACGACAUGUCCAAGUACAAAGCAUAGAAAAAGGGUCGCUUCUUGUGCGAGUCAACUUCCUUACACUGGCUGGCUACUGGGUGAUCCGUAGCUUGAACGAGAGAAUCGACCGGAGGUCCGACCGCACCUGUCUGCAGCUGCUGCUGGAGGAUGAGCU